AUGGCGUCCGCAUCAUUGGGCUUGUCCGAGUCGUCAAGCCUGUCUGGAUCGUCUAGACAGGCACAUGACCUGGUCGAGCCCGACGAGCUUGACGGGCACGACGACACGAAAGGGCUGAACGACCCGAAAGAGCCCCACGACACGGACGGGUCUGACGACCUGGACGAUCCAAACGGGCCAGACGACUUGGACAUACAAGAUAUCACAGACGGGCUCGAUGAUCCAGAUGGGCACGAUGACGCGGCCGACCCCGACGACCCAGACGACCCAGAUGAGCCCGAUGACCCGGACAAACUCGAUUACCCAGAUGAAUCUGAGGACCCAGACGGGCGCGACGACGUAGAGGGGCCCUACGACUCGGACGUCCCGAUCGACACAAAUCAGCCGAAACUGAUAGGCCCAACGACAUGA